AUGUCAUCCACCACUGCGGGGUUUAAUGAGGAGCGGCAGCACCGAGGAGCACAGAUAUCACCAGUGGGCGUAGACUACAUCCCCACGGAGGAAGAGAAGAGGGUGUUUCGGGAGUGCAACAACGAAAGCUUUUGGUACAGAUCUGUGCCCUUUUCUGUUGUGAGCAUGGCAGUAACUCGAGCCCUGAUUGCUAGAGGGUCUCUUUCUGCAUCACCAAGGUUUGGAUCUCUUCCAAAAGUGGCCUUUUCCGGCUUCUGCGGCUAUCUAGCAGGGAAGAUGUCUUACAUGAAGACGUGUCAGGAGAAGUUCAAGAGGCUGGACAACUCUCCUCUGGGAGAGGCCCUUAGACGGAGGAUGGGACUUUCUCCACAGUUUCCCCAAGGUGCUCAAACAGAGAUGAGUGAUCCAAACAGCCAGAGCUAUGACAGCAUGUUCCGGCCAGUAGAGACGCCAUCUUCCGACCCAGCCCGUGGAUAUGGCUUUAAUCCAGAAGCACCUGUUGGCACGCAGAGAGAUGACUUUAAUGCACAAGGUCAGCCCUAUGAAGAGGGGGAUGAACCAAAAAGGAAGUCAAUUCUCUAUGAAGACCUGCGUUUGAAAAACCGAGAGAACUACGAGGUCACACUUACCCAAAAGGCAGAGUCGCUGCUCAAAACUCCCCAAGAAAAGGAGCCAGAAAGACCAACAAAAAGUGUGAAGAAGAAUAUCUAUGGAGACACCUGGGAGGAAUGA